AUGUAUCCGAAAUCAUCUCCUGUCUUUGAACGACGCAAGAGUCUGAUCGGUCCGGACGAUAGCCCAUUAAUAGAGUCUAUGACCAAACCGACUAUACCUCCAUUUCCUGGCCAUGAAGCUCCGCCGUCCACAAAGAGACAGAAUAGGAGGAUGACUACAUGGGAGACUUAUAUCGACCGGUGGUGGCUCAAAGAGCUUUCGGCUUGGCUGGUGAGCCUCAGCGCAAUUUGUGCGAUUGCUGCAAUACUCCACACCUACGACGACCAGAAAGUUCCCAACUGGCAGUACAGCAUCAAUCUGUCUCGACAACAAAGUGAUUUUCACAUCACCAUCAACUCGCUUGUUUCCAUCAUCGCAACGGUGUUCAAGACAGCGUUGCUCAUUCCGGUUAUCGCCAGCAUGAGUCAGCUCAAGUGGCUGUGGUUUCAAAAACAGCAUCGUCUAAUCGAUUUCCAUUCGAUUGAAGCGGCCAACAGGGGAGGUUGGGACUCGCUUGUUCUCAUCUGGCGCCUGCGUGCGAAGUACGAAGAUUCUAAGACUGUCCCCUACUCCUUGACUGACACCAGUCUUAGACACCUUGCUUGUCUUGGAGCCCUUAUAAUCGCCCUUAGCUUCAUGCUGGACUUUUCCUUCCAGUUCUUGAUAUCUUAUCCCAGUCUACCAGUGGCAGUAGCUGCUGCGAGCAUACCGCGGACGAGCACAUACUCGGGCUGGCAGCCAGGGUAUGGAGACGGCUUAAACUCCAUCACAAAUGCUAUGCGCGGCUCGAUUCUAGCAGGCAUCUACAGUCCAGAUGCGGCUUGGCAUGUCAAGCCGACCUGCGCAACAGGUAAUUGCACAUGGGAUGCACCAUAUACUUCAUUGGCGAUCUGUGGCACAUGUGUGGACAUCUCUGACCAUUUACAAUAUUCUUGCGCAACCACUACGAUUAUCGACAGUAAUAACAACACCCAUCUGCAUGAGUAUUGUAAUUCUACCCUCCCUAAUCAGCAAGGGAUCUCCGGACUAGGAUAUCCACAGGUCGGGUUCUCCUUGGCUGACUCCGGCACCAUAAGCUCGAUGUUCAAAAGUAUGAGUCAACCGGUUACAGCAUUCACAACCACCAAAGCGGCGUGGGCAUUCAAUCGACUCGAUGAUGGUUUCGGCGGUGAAUACAGCUUCUUCAACAUCACAUCGGUGACAGCCACAGAAUGCGGAUUGUACUACUGCGUGAACAAGUACAACACGAGUGUUAAUGGCGGAGUGCUGAAAGAAUCGGUCAUCGAUACCUGGCACAACAAUUCGGCGGUCGCGGUAGAUCUGUCUAAAGGCUUGUACUACGAUAUCAUCUUGCACCCCUCUUUCUCUGAUGAAAGUGAGUCCGAGGAAAUUCCAACAUACUCUGUACUGAGGAUUUCAGCACUCGCUCUGCUUGAUCAAUUCAACAUGACAACACAGCAGUUUUGGACCGGAAACGUAACUGUGGGUCCUUCCCUGGAAGGCGAAUAUCAAUUUGGGACAAACGAUCUCGUCAAUUUUCUGUAUCCGCUCGAUCUUAACGGUAUGAACAAGAUGAUUCAAUCUCUUGCCACAUCCAUGACAGUGGAAAUUCGUACCUCAAGUAGCUCAGAAGCUACAAGUACAGGCGCAUCUAUUGGCAUAGCGUGGAAGGAUGUGCCGAUGACACGUGUCAAUUGGGCAUGGUUGAGCCUCCCUCUACUUCUAAUUGUGCUAGCCGCUGUGUUCUUGAUUUCCAUCAUGGUGAAGAGUGCGAAGUCAGGUGUGACGUUAUGGAAAGAGAGUGCAAUCGGGUCUUUUUGUCACCCGUUGACGAAAGAUGGACAAGCAAUGUUUGCGGCCGCUGCAGGCCCAAGAGAAGUGGGAAAAAUUGCACAAUCUAUCGAGGUCAGAUACCAAGAGACAGAAGAAGGUUGGAGGUUUGUACAGAAGUAG